AUGACGGGAGAAGUUGAGAUUCACGAUGCUCUCAUAACACUCAGUAAAAAUGUUUCAUCAGAUGCUGCUAUUAGACAUGAGGCUCAAACAUUAGCAACACAAAUAUGUGACUUCGAGUUCAUAGUCACUCUCGUAAUUUGGUACGACAUUUUACAUCAAGUGAAUAUUUAUCGAAUUUCUGGAUUCGAAAGAACAUUAAUAGAUGCUGAACAACUAGCUGAAAACCUUGACGUAGAUGCUGUUUUUGUAGAUAAAAGAGUUCGAAGAAAAAAGCGUGCAUUUAUGUACGAGACACUAGAUGAGAUAAUGACUGAUCCACAUGAACGUUUUAAAAUACGCGUUUUUAAUGUAAUAUUGGAUAAAGCAGAUGUUUCGUUAAACGAACGAUUUAAACAACUAAAAUCUUUCGAAGAAACUUGGGGGUUUUUAUUUAAAUUAAAAGAUUUGCCGAUAGUCAGUGAGUUGGAGAAAUUGUGUCAAAAUUUGGAAACACAGUUAAGCGAUGAUACAGACCAAGAUAUAAACGGUAAGGAGAUAUUAUUUGUGGAACUACAGUCGGUAAGUUCCUUAUUUCCCAAAGACGUGAAUACUCCACUGGAAACAUUAAAUUUCAUUCGUAAAAAUAAUCUGGAAAAUACUCUACUGAAUGUAUGGAUAGCAUUGAGGAUUUUAUUGACAAUUCCUAUAACAGUUGCUAGUGGGGAACGUAGCUUCAGUAAAUUAAAACUCAUAAAAACAUAUUUGCGAUCUUUCAUGACUCAGGAACGAUUGAAUUCGUUGGCAUUAUUAUCAAUCGAAAAUGAAUUGAUAAGCGAAGUAGAUAUUAGUAAUAAAGUGAAGGAAUUCGCUGACAUGAAGGCAAGGAAAACGUUCAUAUAA